AAGAAGAGCUGGAAACACCUGAUGGUCUCUGUGGGACAUUCCGCUCCAUAUAACUCUCCUCCUAACUGUCGGAAGAUACAUCUACCUCCAGGCUUCAUUUCUGUCGAGUUGUUGCUGCGUUUUCUCUUCUGAAAAACCGACAGAGCCGGCUGACCUCUCUUUUUCUCUCUUCAUCCAAAGAAUCCCCGAUAAGGAGACAUUGCACUACUCUUUUUUAUAAUUGUUCCUAUUUAUUGUAUUUUGCACUAACGAUGCACAGCACGCAAAAGGACACGACCUAUACGAAGAUUUUUGUCGGGGGUCUUCCCUACCACACCUCGGAUACAAGUCUCAGGAAAUAUUUUGAGGUGUUUGGUGAGAUAGAAGAAGCGGUGGUCAUUACUGACAGACAGACUGGCAAGUCUAGGGGUUAUGGAUUCGUGACGAUGGUGGACCGCUCGGCUGCAGACCGGGCCUGCAAGGACCCAAACCCAAUCAUUGACGGCAGGAAGGCCAAUGUCAACCUGGCCUACUUGGGGGCCAAGCCUCGGGUCAUGCAGCAAGGCUUUACCUUUGGUAUUCCCCAAAUUCACCCAGCGUUCAUCCAAAGGCCUUAUGGCAUACCGGCCCACUAUAUGUACCCUCAGGCCUUCGUACAGUCUAGUAUGGUCAUCCCUCAUGUGCAAUCUACAGCUUCUGCAACCGCCACUGCCUCCUCCCCCUACAUCGACUACACCGGAGCCGCCUACGCGCAGUAUUCUGUAGCUGCAGCCAGCGCUGCCGCCGCCGCUGCAUAUGAGCAGUAUCCGUACGCUGCCUCCCCUGCCGCUGCAGGCUACAUGGCUACUGCCGGGUAUGGCUACGCAGUCCAGCAGCCUUUAGCCGCAGCUGCCCCGGGCUCAGCUGCCGCAGCAGCCGUAGCCUUCGGUCAGUAUCAGUCUCAGCAGCUGCAAGCCGACCGCAUGCAAUAGCAGCUACUGCAACCACUGGACACGCAGAGCGAGGAGGCCCGCACACGGCCACAGCGACGGAAAAGGAAGAGGGAGUGCCCUUAAGGAAGAAGGAGUGGCCUUAAGGAAGAAGGAGUAGCCUUAAAGAAGAAGGCGUGGCCUUAAGGUUUAGAGGCAGAGUAGCUUUAAAAAGGUGAUGAUGAUGAUGAUGAUGAUGAUGGUGAUGAUGGUGGUGGUGAUGAUGAUGGUGGUAGUGAUGAUGGUGAGGUGAGGUGGAAACUUUUUACAUUAACUUUCCAACUUGCCGUGCUUCAACCAAAAAACAAGAAAAGGAAAAAAAGUCGCAGAACAAAAUAACGGAAAAGUGAUUUAUUAUUAUUGUUGUUGUUAUAAUGAUUAUUAUUAUUAUUAUUAUCAUUACUAUUAUCAUUGUGGUAGAGUACUUAUUUAUAGAACAGUAAAGCAGGAACUAAUCCCUGAGGUUGGUAAAAGUGUUAAACUAAGCCUUUAAAGUCCUAUUGCUGUCAUUAACGUUAGUUUAGGAAACUGUUCUCUUUUUUUCUUCACUCGUGGUUUUCCACAAGUGUUUUUAGUUAUUUGAUUCCCUCAUAACAUUUAUAUUUAUUAUUGUUAUUAUUACACAUUGGGGGCUCUUCUUGUUCUUUUUGUCUUUUCAAGUGCUUUUUUUCUGAUAAUCAGGGAAAUGGAACCGUUUCCAACGUGUUAGCUAUUACAAUGUGACGUCUGUCAGGAAGUCGAGAAGUCGUAACUCGUCGUGUCACACAUAUUUGAAGAACUACCUUUUUAUCUUCCUGAUGCUGAAUGUCCCUUUUUUUACUCUGUGUCUCGACCUCUUGACCUAUGCAAAGCAAACAAAUCACCAGGAGACAAAAAAAAGAAAAGAAAAGCAACAAAAAACUGAAAAUGUCAUCAACUCUGACUUGAUUCUUGGACUAAAGGGGGACUUGGCAAACAAAACAAACGCACUGACAAAAGGAGAGAGGUUGAAAUGGCUCCAGACAAUGAGAAACACUAAAUCAGUUGCUUUUACACAUGUUUCACUCACACGUACACAGACACAUGCAUCCAGAGUUGCACACAUAGCAGUCAAAGACAAAGGCAGCACAGUUGUGUUUCUCUCUGGCUCUGGGAUGGAGAGAAAGAAAAAGAGAAAGAAAGAGGGAGAGAGAGAGCAGCUGCUGGUGGGGGUGGACAGAGCUGCACCAGCGCCACACAGACGGAUCACUCUGGAAAGAACGCAUCACUUGUGCUCGUUUGUUGCGCUGUCACAUUUUAAUCCCUGACCGGGCCCAUUUGGGAACCAACUUCACACCCAACACAGAGCCCCACAGCAAAGCCCCCCACCCCCACCCCCAGUCAUGCAGCCCUGCAGCUGUCAGCACUUCCACCUCUGUGCUGCUGUAGUCUAGUGUCAGGUACACACACACACACACACACACACACACUCACACACACACUAUCACCAAAGCCACCCCAACAACUGGUCUGCCUCGUGUCUGUCAAGAUCACCGCGAGGGGUGGAGAGGACUGUUUGACGUUGUGUUAUCUGUGUGCCUUACAUUUCUACUGCUAUUUAAGAGAGAGAGAAAACAAUGAAAAAAAGAGAGAAAUCUACUAUUUAAGAUAUUUAUUUUUGAGGGUUGACUAUGUUGACGCUCAGAGUAGAGACUUAGUUGCGGUACUGUAUAAAUAAUAUUAUUAUGUACUCAUCUCAAGGCAUAUAUAAGUUAUUGAUUAGUUUAGUUAUAUUAUUAUUAUUAACAUACUCAACCAAAAAUGUCACUGUAGGAGUUAUUUAAGAUACUGUUAUGUGCACUGUACUUUUAUUUUUUAUCUUUUUGAUUCUUUAGAACAUGACAUUAAAUAUUAGCCUAAUGCCUUUUGUAGGGAAUACACUUUAUUUAAAUGCAGGCCUAUUUGCUUGCAGAUUGUACUCUGCCUCUUCUGUGUUUAGAUGAGAGGAAAAACAAUUAUAAUUUUCACAAAAAACGAGCAGAAAUGCUGCUUUCUCCACUAGAAUGUAUAGUUGUUGUCAGUAGCUGUGCUUCUUUUGCUUAAUAUUCAUCAGAUGGGCUAUUUUACACUGUUGGGAAUUUUUAUACUUGAACUAUUUCUUACAAGGGAAAUAUGACAAAUAAAUGGCAGAAGCUUUUAAUUGUCACUGGAUGAAGGCAUGUAAAGUGUUUCUAUUUAAAUGCAAAGGUCCUGUUGAUUUUAAAACAUUUAUUUCAGAAUUUCAACUCCAUUUAUUUAAAAUUCAAAUAAAAUGUUCUAUAUUUAAAAACUUGGUGACAUUUCUUUUCAUUAAAACUACAAUUAAAGUGUUCAGGACCUGCGGACAGAUGUACUUGUUCUUCGGCCAUGUGUAGCCUUUCAUCUUUCUAUUCAUACACUCAUCCAUAUGAUUCAUAUUUAUUUUGUGCAGGUUAUGUAUGGAGAUGUUCAAUAUUAAAUAAACACAAAUUAUAUUGUGAAAUGAA